ACAGAUAACCACAAUGAAAAUGGACCUUCAAGUGAGUCUCACUUGGAUGCUUCUGCUAAGUACUUCUCUCCUAUGUGAACCAGGUACAGUGAGUACACUUUUUCAUGCUUGUAUGGAAAUGUUACAGACAGAAUUCAUUACUAAUACAGCCUGGCCUGCCAGAAAGUGGUGGCACAGUCUUCUAACAUAUUGCUGGCAAACAAUAUGUAUGAUGGAAUUGUUGGUUUAAUUUGCCUUCUUAUUCAAAUAUUUGUCUUGUAAUUCCAAUGUUCAGAUCAAAAUUCACAAUCAAAAAUCAAAAAAUUCACAGGUUAGAUUUUAAAGCUGAAGAAUAUUUUUGUUGCUUCUCUUCUGUGAGGGGAAUAGUUUGAAGAAGUCAUUUUCCUUCUUCCUUCUAACAUUCUUCUUCUAAUACUCUGGUUUUGAACUUAAAUUCUUCCACACAAUACAUUUAAAAAUGUAGAAAAAGACAUUAAAAGAAUAAAAAAGCAGCCUGACAGACACAGGUGGAAAUCUACUUUGCAGAGACUUGGGAUUGCAGUAGUGCCAUUGUCCUUCAGUCUUCAGAAAAGUAACCCCAACCCUUCCUUAUAACCUCACUGGUUUGAAUGACAUGCUUUGAUCUUUAUUCAUGCGCACCAUGAGCAAAGGCUCAUCAGUCAGAAGGAGAAAUAAUUUCAUAGAACAGAGAUUCAAGGGUUGGCUAUAUUGAAUUAUUUAUAAAGCGAGAGCAAAGGCAAGCCAGAGGUGAACUCAGCAUCAAAGGGCUCUAAGCUGCCUUUCAAGAAGGUGGUAAAAUCCCAGCACUGUAAUCUCUCAUCAGUAAGUUUGCUUUUGUCUUCAGUUUGACCUGAUGUAGGCUGGAUUAACUUAGAAUGGAAAAGUCACUUUGGCUUCUGUCUUGUGAACCCUGAAAUUAGGGAACACUGAUAUAGGAGUAGAAGUGUCUGAAAAGCAAAUGCUAGCUUGGGGAAAAAGAAAAAAAAAACAGUUUCCAAAAGAAAUUUCUCCUGAAUUUUGUGAUUGAAACAGGCACAGCUCCUCAGAGCUUGCUAAUUUUGAAAGAGCUUUCUUGCUUCUUUAUGGGAAUAAGGAGAGGAAGAUCACCGCUUACUCUUUGCAAUUUCUCUGCAUAAGAGGAAGCAAAGGAUUGCCUAUGAGUUUACAGAGGUCUGUCAUUCCCUAAACUGGACAGAACUAGACAGGAAGAGCUGCUCUACAGAUAUGUAAUGCCACAGUUUGGUUUAGUCAAACCUACAUUUUAAAAUCCUUUAAGCAAGUAUAUAUUUUAUUCUACACUGCAGAGUUAGGUGAAGUCUGAGCUCCCCAGGAAGACCUGAGCAGGCAUUUGCAAAAAGAAGAGUUGAGGCUAAUAUGUUGGGCUAUUGGCCAAAACAACUGCCAUAGUCUGUACAGACAAAUGCUCCACAGCCUCCUCUGCUUUUGUGGUAAUAACAUGGCAAAGAUAAGUAACUUUCUCUACUGCCCCAGCAAAAUCUGGCAGAGCUCAGCUCCCAGAAGCCCAUGUCUCCAUCCAUUGAAGGAUGUACAUGAGGGCUUGUGGGGUUGGGUCACUUUGCUCUUGUGCUGCCAUGAAAUAAGGUCCUCUACAAUCAUCUUGCACUGAAUUAUGAGAAAUGAGCACAUCCUUCCAGGCACAGGGAGGACUGUUUUUGCUUUGAAAAUAUGUCACACACCAACAAAUACUCUAUCAAACUCUGUGUCAGCACAGAAAACUGUAAAACUUAGCUAGCUAGAACUGUGUUACAACAAUGCUAAUAUAUCUGCUUAUCUUAUACAGCAAAUGGUUUCUGGUGGCAGUCAACAGAAGACAGUGAAGGUUCAGCCUCACCAUGGGCCAAAUUCGUAGAAUGGCUUAAGAAGACAAUUCAACCCAAAGAAGAUACACCGCCACAAUUGCGACUGGCAUCCGGUGAGGACAGAUGUGCUGGAAGGGUUGAAGUUUACCACAACAACGAGUGGGGGACGGUCUGUGAUGAUUCCUUUGAUAUGAACAGUGCCAGUGUUGCAUGCAGGCAACUCAACUGCGGCCAAGUUGUUUCUGUCCUGGGAUGGGCUUACUUUGGCCCUGGAGAAGGAAACAUCCUUCUGGAUGAUGUGAAGUGUGCAGGAACCGAAUCUCACAUUUGGGACUGCCCGCACGCCGGCUGGAACAGAAGUGACUGUGGGCACAAUGAGGAUGUCAGCGUCAUCUGCUCAGAUGCAGUGCAGUCCACAAUCGCGCCAACAGAGCCACCUUCUACAUCCACUGUUAUCUCAGAGGAAAGUGCCACAUCACCUACUGAAAUCCCAGGCACAACUUAUGAAGGUUCCACCUUCACUACAGAGGAAGAUAGGACACCAGAAAUCACUACUGUGAUACAUGAAGUCUCUGAAAGCUCAACAGAACCAACAUCAUCCAUCCCACUUGUAGAAGACAGUGUGACCUCAGCUCCUGAUAUCCCUUCCACAGCUUCUGAAGCUCCCUCCUCUGCCCCCAGCACUGCAGCCACACAGACAACAACUGUUCCAGGGACCCUGACCACCCUUGUGGAAGAGCCACCUUCUACAUCCACUGUUAUCUCAGAGGAAAGUGCCACAUCACCUCCUGAAACCCCAGGCACAACUUAUGAAGGUUUCACCUUCACUACAGAGGAAGAUAGGACACCAGAAAUCACUACUGUGAUACAUGAAGUCUCUGAAAGCUCAACAGAACCAACAUCAUCCAUCCCACUUGUAGAAGACAGUGUGACCUCAGCUCCUGAAAUCCCUUCCACAGCUUCUGAAGCUCCCUCCUCUGCCCCCAGCACUGCAGCCACGCAGACAACAACUGUUCCAGGGACCCUGACCACCCUUGUGGAAGAGCCACCUUCUACAUCCACUGUUGUCUCAGAGGAAAGUGCCACAUCACCUACUGAAAUCCCAGGCACAACUUAUGAAGAUUCAACCAGAGAUUCUGUCACAGAAAUGGAUAUACUGGUCACAUCAACAGCAGUCACAGAAAGCAGUGAGCCUGUAACAUCCCCAGCACCAUCCUCCACACUGAGCAAUACAGAUGUUCCAGCCCUGUCCCUGCGGCUGGCAGACGGUGACAGCAGGUGCUCGGGCCGCGUGGAGCUCUAUUACAAUGGCAGCUGGGGAACAGUCUGUGAUGAUGGCUGGGAUCUCGGGGCUGCCGAGGUGGUGUGCCGGCAGCUGGGCUGCGGGGAGCCUAUGCUGGCAGUGCCUGAAGCACAGUUCGGCCAGGGCUCUGGGAACAUCCUCCUGGAUGAGGUGCAGUGCAGAGGGGAAGAGGACAGCCUGUGGGACUGCUCUCACGGAGGGAUAGGUGUGCACAACUGUCAGCCGAAAGAAGACGCAGGUGUCAUUUGUGCAGAGCCAGUUACUCCACCGGUCCCAACGGAGCCUGUCCCAGCUGAGCUGUCCCUGAGGCUGGUGAAUGGUGACAACGAGUGCUCAGGGCGCCUUGAAGUCUUCUACAAUGGCAGCUGGGGGACCAUCUGCGAUGAUGACUGGAACAUAAACAGUGCCAGGGUUGUGUGCAGGCAGCUGAGCUGCGGAGAUGCCGUCUCAGCCAAAAACAGUGCCUUUUUUGGGGAAGGCACGGGAGAUAUCCUCAUGGACGAUGUGAAAUGCACAGGGGAUGAGUCCUUCCUGGUGCAGUGCUCUCACAGGGACCUGGGAACGCAUGACUGUUUGCACAAGGAAGAUGCUGGUGUUAUCUGCACAGGCCCUGUGGAUCUUACCACUCCGGGAACAACAGCCCCGAUCGAGUUCACCACAGCUGAAACUUCAGUAACCACCUCUCCCACUCCUGGACCAGCAGACACUACCAGCUUCCCUGCAGGCAGCAACACGCCUGAAGCACCGGUAGGAGCCUCAACAACUCUAUCAGUCUCCUCGGCUCUACCAGUCUCUUCAACUCUUGACAACACAGGAAUCAGCACUUCUUCUCCAAAGCCAGUACCUAUAAGCCAAGCAACCCUUACUUGUCUGCCUACUUACAUGCGGGCAAUCAUCAGGAGAUCCUACAUCAACUCCCGAGGGUACCUUGCAAGUGACAUCCACCUGAGGGACCCCAGGUGCAAGCCUGUGAUUAGCAGCUACCACAUCAUGUUCCGCAUACCAUACAAUGGCUGUGGCACACAGAGGCUGAUAUCACGUGGAGCCAUCACUUACUCCAACACAGUGGAGGGAUCCAUUUCUGGCAACUUCUACAGCCGAAAUACAAAUUCGCUGUUAAACUUUGCCUGCAAAAUGUACAGCAGUGCCGAUGCCCAAACAAUACCCAGCAUCAUACGGCCUCCAUACCAGGAAACUCCAUCCAGAAGAUUUGUCGUCAAGUUUGCCUUUUAUGAUUCUCCAUCUUUCUCCAAUGUAGUGAGGGCAGCACCAUACUAUGUAAUGCCAAACCGGGACUUGUUUGUUCGUGCUACCCUGUACAGCACACAGCCAAACCUGAUGCUGUUCGCAGACACCUGCGUGGUCUCUCCAAAUCCCCACGACUUUGUGACUGUGGCAUCUGAUAUCAUACGAAAUGGGUGUGCCAGAGACCCAACCUAUAGGAGCUACCUGUCACUAGACAGGAGGAUGGUCCAGUUCCGAUUCAGAGCCCCCAGCUUUAUCAGCAGAUACUCAUCAGUUUACCUACAGUGCAAAAUGGCGGUGUGCGACAGAUACGAUUAUUCCUCCCGCUGCUACCAGGGCUGCAUAGCAAGGGGCAAAAGGAGCACAAGAGAUGGUGAUGAAAAUGUCAUUACCGUUGUCUCCAGACUACAGUAGCCCCAAAUAACACUUCUUCUAAUUAUAAUAUCGCGUUGAUCACUUGAAUAUGUGAUCAGUAGGUUGCACACUUGCUAAUAAGUUCUAAAAAUACAUCCUACGGGGUGUAAAUCUGAAGUCAUUUUAAUCUUAACUGUGCUUGUGUUUCUUAAUUUCAGACUUCUGGAUCUCUAUUCCAGAUUUGUAAAAGCCUAAACUUCAGUAAAAGCUCAGUGAUAAACUGUA